AUGUUCUCCAUACGUCAACUCUGCGACGCAGAUGCUGCGCUGGAGUCCGGGGGCGAGCUCAUAGAUUUCGGCAACCUCUCCUACCUCCCGUCUGAGGAAGACCUCCGCGUCCAUGUGUUUGACCCCGUGCGCUCGCCGCGCCCCCGCACCCUCCCCGCUCCGCCACCCCCGGUGCCCGUCCUGAGCCUGCAUCUGGUGCCGCCGCCGCCGCGCCUGCCCCCCCUGCAGCGCCCCUUCCCGGGCGGCCGCCUGGAGGACGGCGCGGCGCUGGGCAGCCCAAAGCGCGGGCGGGGGGGCGAAUCAUCAGAGUCGGAGCCCUCCCCCAAGCGCUGGCCCAGCAGCGCGUCCGGCUACUUCACGGACGACAGCCCCAGCCCGCGCAGCACGGUGUCCAGGGCGCAGGCCCAGGGGGACCCUGCGCCGGGGACCGGCGCGCGCUCCCGCCUGGCCACGCAGCCGGCCGCCGCGCCAGGCCAGGGGGAGCAGGCGGGGGCGCCGCCCGGCGGGCGGACCUCCGCCUACCGCGGCGUGAGCCGGCACAGGCUGACCCAGCGCUGGGAGGCCUCCCUCUGGCUGAACGGGCGGCAGCUGUACCUGGGGGGCUUUAACGGCCAGGAGGAGGCUGCCGCGGCAUACGACCUGGCGGCCCUGGCGUGCAAGGGGCUGGGGGCAAUGACUAAUCACCCGCCAGAGGAGUACACCGAGCAGCUGGCGGAGAUCGCGGGGCUCACCAGGGACGAGGUGGUGGCCUACGUGCGGAGGCGCAGCAGCGCCUUCAGCCGCGGCAAGUCCAAGUACAGGGGCGUCUCGGGGCACAACGGGCGCUGGGAGGCUCGCAUCGGAUCCUUUGGGGGGCGAAAGAACGUGUCCUUUGGAAUUUUUGAGUCGGAGGACGAGGCCGCUCGGCAAUACGAUCGCGCGCUCAUCCUUGAAAAGGGUCGGAGUGCCAAGACAAACUUCCCGCUCCAGGACUAUGAGCGGGAGGUUGCACAGCACGAAGCCUACCUCCAGAGCAUGUGA